UUCGUCACUCUCUUUCUCUCUCAUCACCUCAAGACACAGCAAAUGAGAGACGAGCUGUAAUCACAUGGAGCUGUUUGUCUAAUGGGGCCUCUCUCUUUCUCUCUCCCUCUUCAUACCAAUUAUGAGCUAGAUAAUUAAAAAAAAGGAAAAUAUUUCUUUACCAUAUCGAUCGUCUGAACAGAGAAAUGGCUGAUGAUAAGGAAAUGUCGGCACAGGUUGUUGAUGGAAAUGGAGCUGAAACUGGUCACAUCAUAUCCACUACAAUCGGAGGCAAGAAUGGAGAACCAAAACAGACUGUGAGUUACAUGGCAGAGCGUGUGGUAGGGGCUGGAUCAUUUGGAAUUGUUUUCCAGGCAAAAUGUAUAGAAACGGGGGAAACUGUGGCUAUAAAAAAGGUUUUACAAGACAAAAGAUACAAGAAUCGUGAGUUGCAGUUGAUGAGAACAAUGGAUCAUCCAAAUGUGGUUUCUUUGAAGCAUUGUUUCUAUUCAACUACAAGCAAAGAUGAACUUUUUCUCAAUCUGGUGAUGGAAUAUGUCCCAGAGACAAUUUUUCGGGUUUUAAAGCAUCACAGUGAUGCUCGUCAAAGGAUGCCUCUCAUUUAUGUCAAACUAUACACAUAUCAAAUAUUUAGGGGCCUAGCAUACAUGCAUAUGGUUGCUGGAGCAUGCCACAGGGACUUGAAGCCUCAAAAUGUCCUGGUUGAUCCUCUUACUCACCAAGUCAAGAUCUGUGACUUUGGAAGCGCAAAAAUGCUAGUGAGGGGAGAAGCAAAUAUAUCAUAUAUUUGUUCUCGUUUUUAUCGGGCCCCAGAACUUAUCUUUGGUGCUACUGAGUAUACAACUUCGAUUGAUAUAUGGUCGGCUGGUUGCAUUCUUGCUGAGCUUCUUUUGGGGCAGCCACUAUUUCCUGGAGAAAAUGCAGUGGAUCAGCUUGUGGAGAUUAUUAAGGUUCUGGGGACGCCAACUCGAGAAGAACUUCGAUGUAUGAAUCCCAACUACACUGAUUUUAGGUUUCCUCAAGUAAAGGCACACCCUUGGCACAAGGUAUUUCAUAAACGGAUGCCUCCGGAAGCCAUUGAUCUUGCUUCAAGGCUCCUUCAGUACUCUCCAAGUCUUCGUUGCAAUGCUCUUGAAGCAAUAGCACAUCCUUUCUUUGAUGAGAUUCGGCAACCUAAUGCUCGCCUACCAAAUGGUCGACAAUUACCACCUCUAUUCAACUUCAAACAAGAGCUAUCUGCAGCAUCUCCCGAGUUAGUGAACAGGCUAAUUCCUGAUCACGUCAAGAGGCAAAUCGGUCUACAAAUUAUACCACCUGUCACUGUGGGUGUCAGAACAUAAUAUAUAUACAAAGGAGAUCUGUUGUGGAUUGUGGAAUUUUAACCAAAAUUCACAGAGAGGGUUGGGUUCACAUGAAACCGCAUCAUAUCUUCUUUCACAAACUUAAGUUUGCCAGGACAAAAGAAAGGAGGACCGUUUGUGUAUUUUUUUUAUAUAGUAUGAAAGGCUCAACCACUACGUCGUAAAUGCAAGUGUACAAGGAAAGGAAAGACCCGAAAAUACAAGGAAGAGUGAAGUUUUUGGGUGGCUGUUGAAGGGUUUUUUAUACUUGAAAAGAAUUCAGGGAUAUGUGAUGAUGAGAUGUUGUGUAGCUUUUUAGUAAGUAAUGACUUGUG